UUCGAGGGGCUGCUGCUGCCGCCCCACAUCCUGCAGGCCCUGCACGAGGCAGGCUUCCGCCGGCCGUCGCCGGUGCAGGAGGCGGCGCUGCCGCUGGCCCGCAUGGGCACAGACCUGAUCGUGCAAGCCAAGGCAGGCACCGGCAAGACGCUGGUGUUUGCGGUGGCGGCGGUGGAGCGAGUGGACCUCGCCAACAGCUCCCCGCAGGUGCUGGUGCUGGCGCCGACGCGCGAGAUUGCGCUGCAGGCGAGCGAGACGGUGGCGUUGGCGGCGGCGGCGCUGCCGCUGCCAGGCCUGGCCUGUGCCUCCUUCAUUGGCGGCCUCCCCCCUUUGCCUGCUGUGCCCGCUGUGUGCAGGGCGUGCCAUGUUGCGGUGGGCACCACCGGGCGCAUGCUGUCGCUCAUCCAGCGCGGCACGCUGCGCACCGACAGCGUGCACCUGCUGGUACUGGAUGAAGCUGACAAGCUGCUGGCAGACUCCUUCCGCAAAGACACGCUGGCCAUCGCUUCGGCGCUGCCGCAGCGGCGCCAGCUGCUGGCCCUGUCUGCCACCUAU